UCAUAAUUUUGACUAUAUAAUAAGCACGAAAAACUCUAAGGAGAUUUUCAUUUCUUCAAUCAUCAAAAUUAGACAAAAGUCCUCUCUUUAUUCUUUGAAAGAACAAGAAAAUCUGAAUUCAUCAAAGAGACUCAAUCUUUUGAAGAUUUUUGUUGGUUUUGACAUUCGGCAUGUCUGCUGAAAUGUUGUGACUACUUUUAACUAAGAGACAUCUGCAGAUUGCUAACGCACCUCCUUCACUAAGUGUGUACUUUAUCAAAUCAAGGAUAGCUUUGCUCUGAAACAGUACCGUGAAUUUAUCCUAAAGUAUCAUAGCCAGUUCGAAGCGAGUCUAUAACUUAUUCGCAUAUGCAAGCAUCCCAGAGACUGAUGGACAAAGUUGAGCAAUAUUAUAGUCCUUACUAUGUUUUUAACAACUCCAAUGAUACUAGCAGCUCAGGGACACAGUUCUCUUUUCAGUCGCAGAACGAACAGUUCUUCACUCUGGACUCCUUGCCUGCUGCCGGAUAUGUCAUCUACGACUCGCCUCCUGCAGUAAGCGUCUCUUCCAACUGGAGUCCCUUCUCUCCCCAAUAUUCUCAGUCAACCAUUUCAGAUCAGCAUCAUUCCUCGGACAACACUUACGGUUCACCUUUGAGCGGGUGUUCGGGAGUUGAUGGUGUGCUAAGCGAGAUGGCAAGUAAGUUGCUUGGCCCUGAAUCCGAUAUUGAUGACAGCAGCAGUUGCUCUUUUAAUGAUGUGGCCUCUGAACCUUCUUCCCUAACAAAAUGGAAUCGAGUAUUGGAAAUCGCGUCGAGCUUGGACGUGAAAGAGCUGCUCCUCGCCUGUGCUGAAGCAGUGUCGGAUGCUUAUUUCCCGGCUGCAGAAGUUCUGAUGAAUGUCCUAGAGCAAAAGGUAUCCGUUUCCGGGGAACCUAUGCAACGGUUGAGUGCGUAUAUGUUGGAAGGGAUUAGGGCAAGACUGUUUUCAUCAGGAAGUAUCAUAUACAAAAAGCUGAAGUGCAAAGAACCAACUAAUUCAGAAUUGUUAUCUUACAUGCAAGUCCUCUAUCACAUCUGCCCUUACUACAAAUUCGCUUACACGUCCGCCAACGUCGUGAUCGAUGAAGUCAUGACGAACGAGAACAGAAUCCAUAUAAUUGAUUUUCAAAUUGCACAGGGAAGUCAAUGGAUGUUCCUUAUUCAGAGUCUUGCUCGUCGGCCUGGUGGACCACCAUCCGUCCGCAUCACAGGUGUUGAUGAUUCCCAAUCAGCUCAUGCACGUGGAGGAGGACUUCAGCUAGUCGGUGAAAGGCUAGCAAAAGUCGCUGAAUCAUGUCGAGUGCCUUUUGAAUUCAAUGCUGCUGCAAUUUCGGGCUCUGAGGUUGAGCUAGAAAACCUUUAUAUUAGACAUGGAGAAGCCUUGGCAGUUAACUUCCCUUACAUUCUGCACCACAUGCCCGAUGAGAGUGUAAGCACUGUUAACCAUCGCGACCGCCUAUUAAGACUGGUUAAGAGCUUGUCCCCAAAAAUCGUUACCCUUGUUGAGCAAGAAUCUAACACCAACACUGCUGCUUUCGUUCCAAGAUUCCGUGAAACUCUGGACUACUAUACAGCAAUGUUCGAGUCAAUUGAUGCAGGUCGUCCGAGGGAUGAUAAGCAGCGGAUCAGUGCAGAGGAGCAUUGCGUGGCGCGAGAUGUUGUGAACAUAAUAGCAUGUGAGGGCGCUGAUAGAGUGGAAAGACAUGAACUUUUCGGCAAGUGGAGUAUGAGACUUAAGAUGGCUGGAUUUACGCCAUGCUCCUUGAGUCCAUCGGUUGGUGAAGCUAUCAACGACAUGUUGAAGGACUAUAGCUCGAAUUAUAGGAUUGCAGAGAGCAAGGGCGCGCUUUAUCUUGGAUGGAAGAAUAGAGCUUUAGCUACUACUUCUGCUUGGAGAUGAAUGUUUUUGCAAUUUUUGUCUAAAGCUGUAAAUCAUUCGUGCAUGAUCUUGAGAUGUUACCUUUUCAGAAGGCUAGAACAGUGUAUUGUUAACCCUUUUUAAAUUUAAGAAAGAUAGGACAAUGAAAUCUUAGUCUUGUACAUGUCAACAUUGGAAGGAAAAUACUAAAAAAGGGCAGCCCGGUGCACUAAGCUUUCGCUAUGUGAGGGCUUCGGUGAAGAUUCUGACUAUAAUGGUAUAUUGUACUCGGCCUUAUCCUGCAUCUUUUGCAAGAGAUUGUUUCCACGGUUCGAAUUCAUGA